AUGGAUUCUGGACUUUCCGUGGCCGACACCUUCAACCGCUCCAGUAUCCUCAUCACGGGUGGUACCGGCUUCUUGGGCAAGGUACUGGUGGAGAAGUUGUUGUACUCAGUGCCCAACAUCAACAAGAUCUACUUGCUUAUACGAGGGCUUAAAGGGCAUUCUCCCAGGGAUCGGUUGAACAAACUACUCAAGGUAAUUUAUGUUCUGACUAAUUAUAAUUAUCAAUAAGGAAAGCAAAGUUUGCACUAAAAAACUUACUUUUAAAAGUUUUGAUUUUUCAUUUUGUCAACUUUUUUUGACCAAACCAGUACUUCAAUGCCACGAAAGUAAAACAAUGUUAAUCAAGUGCAAUGACGUCCUAUAUUGUGAUAAUGCAAUCGAUACUGGUCUUGUUUCCCCGCCAGACUGAUUGUUUUUUAUUUACAGAGCCCUAUUUUUAACCGAAUUAGGGAGAAGGAUGUGGAUUUGUUUUCCAAAUUAGUCCCGAUUAAUGGGGAUCUGAUGGCCGAAGGGCUUGGACUUAGUCCAGCCGAUGAGACGCUACUUUGUGAAUCGGUGUCGAUAGUGUUUCACUGUGCAGCGACCGUGAAGUUCGACGAAGUUCUGAAGGUGGCCAUCAAGAUGAAUGUGAUAGGAACACAACGACUGGUUGCACUUUGUCACAAAAUGCAAAACUUGGUUGUAAGCCCACCAUACAUUUUUGAAAUUCAAAUUUAUUUUUUGCAAUUUUAAGAUUUUUUAAAAAUAUUUUACCAGUUUUUAUAAUACCUACAAUACCAUAUUUAGAAUUUGAAUACGCAAACCGUGGAAUGUCAAAAGUAAAUAAAACCUUAAAAAUUUUUAAAUUUUAAAACUAUUUCAAAACGCCAAUCAUUUUUGUAGUGUUUGGUACAUGCCAGUACAGCGUACGCCAACUGUGACUUGAAGGAGACAGAAGAACGUAUCUACAAGCCCCCAGUAGACCCUGAGAAGAUCAUUGAUGCCAUGGAAUGGAUGGACGACGAGAUGGUAAAUCUGAUUACUCCACGGUUAUUGGGCAAACGUCCCAAUACAUACACGUUUGCCAAAGCUUUGGCAGAGUCUCAGCUUCAGACAGAUGCUGGAGACAUGCCGGUGAUCGUGGUACGACCAUCUAUUAUCUGUGCUUGUUGGAAGGAACCGCUACCUGGAUGGACGGACAAUGUCAAUGGUCCUACUGGGAUCUUUGCUGGAGUAAGUGAAUUUUAAAAAAUUAAAACAAAAGAAAACCGGCUUUUAUAAAGUAUAUAGGACAACUGUUUUGCUGCCUACUAUAACAAUAGUUAACUUUCCUAUUUUAUAAGUUUAAAUUUUAUAUUUUACGAUUUGUGACUCAUUUAUAAUGCACAAAAACCGAUUUCUUUUGCUCAUUGGAAGUAUUCAAAAUGAAUUUGAUAAGUUUUAAGACGUAAAAGUUGAAAGGUUAAUAAUAGAGCUGAUAAGGUGCAGUCACUUUACUCUUUUGGCCCUAUCAAUUCCCGUCUGAGUGACGCGUCCCUUCGUAAGGGAAAGAAAGUUACAUUCAUAAAGUGUUGUCAGUUUGCACUGACAAGGGAAAGGCAAAUAGGGGGGUAUCGAACCUAAAACUGAGACCUACAUCGUUUGAAAGAGCAUGAAAAGUUAUGUAGAAUUUAAAAUUUUUAGCGGCCCAAAGUCAUAUACUAAAAAGUUACAGUAAUUCAAAGUUUACUAUUUUUAAAUAUUUCAAAGGGUCCCCCUGUGGAUUUUUUUUAGAAAAAACGAAAAAAAAAAUUUUUUUCCGUUUUUUAUUCUGAAACUUUAAAAUAAUAUUUUUAAUGGUCAAUUAAAAAAACGUUUACUUUAUUAAAAUUGAAGCGUUAAGAAAGUUUUAAAGUGUAACACUGUAUAGUAAACCGAAUAUGUUUGGACGUCCAGAUUUGCCAUCCAAAUUGACUAAAGGUAAAUAAAAAUCUUUAAAAACGUUUAAUGGCCUUUUUUUACAAAAUAAAAAAAAUUUCAACUUUUUUGCAAACCUGCAGACAGCAAAACAAAGCGAGAGCAAAAGUGCGACCGCAGUGGGAUUCGAACCCUCAGCCUUUGGAUUAGAAGGCUAGGUUUCAACCCACUGGGCCACAAGAAUACACAGAGCUUCGCUCUCUUUUUCGGUGUUGUCUUCCAGAGUGUUCCCUAAUAAGAAAUCUCUCAGGAAAAACUUUAUAUUACUGUAACUUUUCAGUAUAUGACUUUGGGCCGCUAAAAAUUUUGAUUUCUGCAUAACUUUUCAUGCUCUUUCACAUGAUAUAGGUCUCAGUUCUAGGUCCGAUACCCCCCUAUUCGCCUUUCCCUUGUGAGAGCUCUUGGGAAAGUGACCAUUGUAUAUAGUUAAGAACAAAGUGUAGUUAACAUGAUCUCUAUAUAUGAAGUAUACAUCAUUAAGAAAACACUGCGUUUAUUAAAAACAGUGCACUUAACAAUGAAUAAAAAUACCAUUUUUCAUAAUACUAUACCGAAAUUAAUAGUUAAAAGUCUCAGAAAAAUGAACAAAACACUAAAUUGACAAACUUAACUCAACAAACUUACAGGUCGGAAAAGGCCUGUUGACCAACAUGUGUGGCAGUUCCACUUCCAAAGCCGACAUUAUACCGGUCGAUAUUGUUUCAAACUGUUUAAUAGUAGCUGCCGCCUACCGUAUCCAACUCAAAACCUGUACCCAGAUUCCGAUCGUGCAUUGUUCAUCUGGAGAGCUGAAUCCAGUAAAAUGGGAGAAGAUCGUGAACUAUAUUCAGCGAUUCUUCCUCAAAUACCCGUUGGAUCAAUGUUACCGUGUACCGUCUACACACUUCCACUCCAGUAGAGCCUUGUUCUUGUUCAACUUCUACACCAAACACUACAUUCCAGCACAUAUCCUCGACUUUCUCUGCUUUUUGACCGGUCGAAAACCAACGUAAGUGAAAAGAUCUUUAACAAUUAUAGAUUUGUAUCCUAAUAAAUGGGAUUGUUUAUUAAAAUAUGUUGGUGUUCAACUACUCUUAUGGUACCAACCAGCCAAAAUUAAAAUUUCUCUGACUUUAAUAUAAACAUGAUCACGACUGUCCUACUUUUUCUCUUUACUUUUCGACCAAAGCAUGUAUAAAUAUAAAUUUAGUUUCAUCAAAAUCUAUGGUAAAAUCUGGAAGAUGAUCGAGACCUUGCACUACUUCACAGCUCGUGGCUGGACCUUCAAGUCGCAGAAGAUCCUGACCUUGUGGGAGAGUCUGAGUGAGAAGGACAAGCAGGAGUUCAACUUUGAUGUGCGACAACUGGACUGGGACAGGUACCUGUUCGACUACCUGAUGGGGAUGAAGACGUAUCUCCUGCAGGAAAAGAUCGAAGAUCUCAACAAGGCACGGUCGAAUCUCACAUGGUAGGGAGCGUUCCGGUGAUUCAUCCUUCCGUUUCAGGCUCAAACAGCUCUCCGUCCUGAUGAACGCGACCGCCUGGGCGCUGCUGGUCCGCCUCUUUGCGUGGUAUGUUUAUGUCCUGUUUAGCAUUCGAGCGAUUUGCAUAAACAUCAGGUCGUCUAUUUUCAGGAGAACCUCCAGGAAACAGAAGUGGACGGUUUGGAUCACGGGCGUGCUCCUGACCUACGCCUUCCAGAACGUGGACGUCAGGCCGUUCGUCUACCUGAAGAGCAUCGACGAAUACAAACAAACUGCCCUCAAGCAAAACGAAUAA